GAUGCAGUCGUCAGCGAACGCAGAGGAGGAUGAGGAACUCCUGUAUGCGAUCCUGUACACGGCCUAUCGAGACGCGUCGGGGUUUGCGAGAAUGCGGUUGCGGAGGGAUUUGAUCGGGAAAGCCUGUCGCGAAUUUGUGCGCUUUCCCCAUAGAAAUUUCUGUAUUUCCCCCGCUAUACGCGUGAUGGCACACAUCUUGUUCCAGGACGACUCCGCUGGCAGUGGUAUGAUUUAGUACCCUUUUUUGGACUUGGAUUUAUGUUCUCCUCCUCCUUGGACUUGGACUUUUGUCAUUGCCAUCUCAGUGAUAGAUGGAGUCAACAGUCACUGUCUUCUAGACGACUAAGUACUUACUUAUUCACAGUGUAAUAAUAAGUCAUCAGUGUAAAAUUAUAUGAGUACUUAUUCACAUCAGCGUAAAAUUAUGUAAGUAAUAAGUGAUGAUCGACGAAAUCGAAUCAAUCAGGUACGACACCUUCUAAAGACGAGAACGUAAGCGCAGCCCUUCGAAAACGGGUGGCCAAAGAAGUGGUCUUUCCGCUCCACCAAACCAACAGGUGGUACGUGUGGGAUCGACAAAUUCCCCUGCUAAAAAUGUACCACACUCCUUUAGUGCGGCUCCUAGACCGUUGGUGCGAGGCAGAGCCCGACUACUUCGUUGCGGAGACCCUGAAAGCCUGUGUGAAGCACUGGCCUGUGAGCACCGAAGCAAACACCGCGAAAGAGGUGCUCUUAUUGCAGGAGAUGCGCCGAAUAGCGGAGCGCUCGCCGUCUGCGGCCUAUUUUUAAGGGAUGGAAGUUGAACCGUCUACGAGCAUUUCUAUGGUUUCUCCAAGUAGUACUAGGAAAGCCAUAGAUAACAUGCGAGCUAGGGAGGUCAGCUUUCCACCCCCUAAUGUUGCACCGAGACAGUUACGCCGGUGCUGUUGCCACGCAUUGCGGCAUGCCUGAAGUCGCUGAACGCGCAGGUAGUGGAGUGCGCGUUGCUGUUCUGGAAGAGUGAGAAAUUCGCAAAAAUGACAUUGUCGACUUCGGCAUGGAUGCAAACGUUAAGGCUUCCCCUAAUCCAUCGCGUCCAUCCCCUAAUACAGGCGUACUUCUAGGUGAAAAACAGAUGCGACGAGAUGAAUUAUCCAAAGACGGAAGUUCAAAUUUUUUUUCGGACCAGGUUCUGGCUCUCCCCAAGUGCAAAAUCCCCAUUCCAUAGUGAGGAGCUCUAAGAACACUACUCCCACUUCUGUGGCGCGAAGAGGCCUUCUGGAAUCCCACGGUGAACAAAAUGACGGCAUUGGUUCUCGAAAAAUUCAGAGCGGGAGACUCGACGAAGUUCGACAAACUGUGCAGGCAGAUAUGGGAAAGUCGACAACUAGUGUCGCACGCGAAGCGGUCAGCGGCUAGUACAGCGUCUCAGAGUCGUGCUCCUCGCGCAGGCCCUGGACGAGGUGUCGCACCUUCAACAUUACUCGAACAAGAGGAGCAGCAGGAAGAAGAAAGCGGCGAUCUUCUGGAUCAGCAGCCACCAACGAAAACCCUAGGUAUGCAGAGGCGACCGGGAGUCACGACGAGUGCGGGUCUCGGAGGUGGAGCCGGUGGCGGUCCUGGAUCCGUGGCCAAGCAAAUGCGGGAGUGGAAGGAAGGGGGUCGUGGCGCCUCCUCGUCGCGUGGUGGACCGCCAUCCACGAUAACAGGCGUUGCGCCGUGGGCCGCCCAGAGCGGAGGUGGAGCGCGACAACCGCCAUCCACGAUAACCGGCGUAGCCCCAUGGGCAACCGGAGGUUCGUCGUUCGCUGGCGGUAGACCGGGUCCGCUGUCAAGACAGCCACCAUCGACAAUAACCGGCGUGGCACCGUGGGCCUCCUCCGGAGGCACACCCGGAUCAUCCUUUGGGAGCAGGGCAGGCCCGCUGAGUGCUGUUGGAGGAGGAGCGGGCGCUGCUGGUCCUCUGACUGGCAUGCUGCGGCCUCCGAUGGGACCACUUUCCUCGACUAGUAAUUCCUCAAAUCAGGUGAAUCCAAUGUCGAUGGAAGGCAUAACUGAGGGCGACGAAGACAAAGAGGGUGACUCAGAGAUGGAGCCUGUGGAAGGUUCAUCGAGGUUCAACGCCCGCUCAACAGCAGAGGAUGGUGAAGAAGAUGCUGCUGUUGCGGCAAUGCGUGUCUAUAUCCGAGAGUUGAACCCCAAAGUGAGCCAGGUCCGUGAUUGGGACGACAACCUCUUGAGUCUAACGUCGACGUACCUCCCGACCUUAAAAUUCCACGAUAUCGUCUACGGACACCAAGACCUGGGUUCUGGCGCUUUUUCCACCGUAAAAUACGGUCGAACGGUAGUGAAAGGCCGCACCCAAUCAGAGUGGCCUGAAUACGCUGUCAAGGUUGUCUCCCUCGCGACCAUUAUUACGGCUUCAGCCGGGAAAAAUCCAUCUUCAGACGCAUCUUGGGGCGCCCCUCUAAAAAGGGGAAAACAUCAGACCCAACAAGAAGCAUCCAAGAUGGAUCCCGGGAAGAUCUAACAUUGAGAAGCACAACUACGUCCGACAGGUGAACCAAGAGAUGGCGGUCCUAAAGGUACUGUCUCACCCAAACAUCUGCCGCAUGGUUUCGACGUUCCGCUGGCGCGACGGGGCCUACAUUGUACUAGAAUUCUGCUCUCAGGGCGACUUACACGCAUACGUCACGAAAAACGGACCACUUUCCUCGUCGUUGGCCUUAUGGUGCAAGAAAUGUUUGUACUAGCUGGAGCAACAAUAAGCUCAAGAUUAAAAACAAUACUGUCCAGGAGCGACAUGCGACGUGGGAGAGUGUUCAAGAUAAGUAAGUAAGUUCAAGUAGCGAGAACAACAUUCCGACAACUCCUGUGAGUCACUGAUUAGCACUUAUUCAGCGUAGUAUGGACCUCCUACGUUUCUUUCACCGGGCGAUCUUCAUUAUAUGAACGAAGAACAACAGGGCUAUCUGCUCUUCGCUGUCGUGGAAAAUGCAGUCUUUACCAAGUUAUACAUACAACACGUAGAAGCACCGUACACCUACAUAGAUGAAUGGACCCGGUAUUUGGUAACCUGAAAUCGAUCACAAGGAAGAACAAGAAGAGAAUCCUUGUGAUCAAAUUCAGGUUACCAAAUACUAGAGCCGUACAAUAGAAGUUGCCUUCAUGUUGAUGUUGUCAUACACAUAGUACCUACCGUGAAUGUACAUCUAUUACAUAGAAGUUGUCUUCAUCGUUGGGUCUGUCUUCUAAUCUGCAAUCCCGCGGACGACUUUCGGUUUGUGGUAGGAGAAAUCGUGGCGGGUUUGACUGCAAUUCACGAACAGGGGUUUGCAUUCGGUGAUAUGAAGCCGGAAAAUGUCGUGAUCACAAGCUCUGGGCAUUGCAAGAUCACGGAUUUUGGUGGCGCCCGAGCACUUACGCCUGAGGCCAGUGCGCAAAUCAAUCAAGACUUGCUAGUAAAUCUGCGAAGUGGAGACUGGAGGACAGGAGCGGCUGCGGAGAGUGGGCGAUCUUCAACUGAUGAUUCCAAAUCUCCUAGUGCUUUGUUCACUUCAGACAAAAUGACGCCUGCGGUAGAUCAAGAGCUAGCCUUGUUACAAGACGAAGAAUCACGACGAACCAUCACUGACGAAUCAGAGCAGCAGAACCAGAGUGGUGACACCGUGCUAACGUUCGAAGGCACCUCAGCUUAUAUGGCGCCUGAGCUGGUGCGGAAGCAGAGGUCACCAGGAGUGCAGUCCGAUGCGUGGGCGUUGGGUUGUUCUAUCUACUUCCUGUUCUGUGGGCGUUUGCCGGUGUGGGGAGACAGCGACGACGGCGUGCAGAAGGCAUUGGUGCGUUUUCUCGAGG